UCCGGAAGAAAACUGAACUCAAGCGAAGUUGAAACUAGAUUUGGUUUUGGAGUUUAGAGAAAGCUUGAGAGUGAGAGAUCGGUGAGUAAGUAUCUUCUAAGAUGGUGAAGUCUUCAGAAAUCGUGAAGAAGCUGAAUCUGAGGUCUCACCCAGAAGGUGGCUUUUUCUAUGAAACGUUCAGAGACUCUUCUGUUAUCCUCUCCACCUCUCAUCUCCCUCCCACCUUCAAGGUGGACAGAGCAGUGAGCACAAGUAUCUACUUUUUGCUUCCGUCUGGUAACGUUUCACGUCUUCAUCGCAUACCAAUGGCUGAAACUUGGCACUUCUAUUUGGGUGAACCCCUCACUGUGUAUUGGGAAAUGAAUCUCCUCUAGACAAAUCAAGAAGAGGAGGUGGAGUCUUGAAGCCACUUGUGCAAACAAACAUCUUCUUGAGAAGAAAAGAGAGUGAUUUCUUCUUCCUGAUAGUAACAUCUGUGUUGACCGCAGUGAGAUCUUUGCUAAAAUCUACUUCAUCAUCUUCUUCUUCCUUGGAGCAGAGGCUGUUUCCAAGUGUACCAAUGGCUAGAAAGGUUUCUUCGUCUUGAGACCAACUUUUACUCAAAGCAGGUCCUGAUAAUUCUUGAGCUAUAUAUACAUCAGCAAACAGGUCAAUAAUCUAUCCAAAGUUGCUUCUUAGUAUAAGAAUAUUUACUCAUAAGAACCUGAAGUUAACUCAUGUUUCUUUCCAUUAAGUUUUUUCUGAACCCAACUAAAAAUCUGUACCCACCAAAAUCAAAAAUUUACAUGAUCAAAUAGAGAUCAACACACCACAAAAGUUAAGUUAGUUCAGACAAAUAUGAAAACAAACCUUCAUGUUUCAAAAGACAUAUAUAUAAAUAAGAACAUGUAUGUGUGUGCACCAAGAAAAUUUUCUUUUUUUGUCGAUGAUCUUUUAUCUCCUUGAAUAGUAUCAGGAGAUACAGAUGAUCAUAGUGGUCCCGUGUUUUUAAAGACACAGUAAACACAAAUACCUGAAGCCAGCAAUACGCCAGCAAAUAAAAAUUUGGGUUCAAGUUUCCAUAAACCCUCGAAAUCACCAUUUAUAUAACACUUGAUCCCAUCUUUGAGGACUUUGUUGAAUGUUGAUUCACCAAAAUCACAUAAUUUAUUGUAUAAAAAUGGCUUAAGAGAUCAACAUCCAGCAAGUAGUUGAAGGAAAACACAUGGAUUUGUCUGUUCUUUACACUUUCUCUCCUGAAGUUAUAAGGAUUUUAUAUAUGACCAGGCCGUAAAUAAAUUAAAUGUUGCGUGUAACGUAACUAUACAAACUUACUUUGAAGCUUUUUUAAAAUCAUUUUUAGAACUAGUCUUCUCCACCACAGGCACAAACAAAUACUUGUGCAACAUUCAAAGCAAGCGAUGCAAGUAAUCGCGGUGAAGACAAGGUCACAUUGAUCAUUGAGCUUAGUGCAGCAUUGUACACAGCACAUGCAGUAACAUUUGUUGCACAAGCGAGGCAGCCUUCACGAACUUUUCAGCAGCGUCAAGUGCUCUUUGUUUUCCAAAUCCUGGUGGAACAUUUUCUCUUGUACGUAGCUGCUGUAUCACCAACGCCUAAACGUUCCUUGAUAUGAUCUGUAUAGUAUAUCAAUUAGUUAUAUUCUUUCACUAUAAUUGUUAAGAUAGAAAUUGAUUCUCGGUUGUUGUCUUCUUGCUCUGUCUGUCACCGUAAAAGAGAGCUUGACAAGUUAGAUUUAUUCCAAUGAAAACUGCAGUGAUAAUAUUUUAACAUAAUAAGACAUCAACAUCUAGAGAAAAUAAGACAACCUUUUGGAAAGUAAGAUCUGUUUGCAAUGAUAAUUUAUUCUGAAACUGAGCCAGCUUUUGUUAAAGUGAGAAAAUGUGAAACAUAUUGAUGUUUUCUUUCUUCUUUUCUUUUCACUUUUUCAGUGAUGUUCUUACACCACACAGGCAACAA